ACAAGUUGCUGAAUUCCGAAAUGAUAAAAACCAGAGAUGACAUUCUUCAAGUGGAACAAUUCUGUGCGAUUAAGAAUGGGAUAUAAGGAGUUUAAACUUGAACUGCCAGCAGUAAAAUCCUUCAAGAUGAAGUUGAUCUUCUUGGUUCACUUCACCCUGCUCUCCUGGGGGCUCCUGCAUCCUUGGGCUCCAGAGGCUUAUGAGAUGCAGGGGUAUAUUUUCCUCUUUUUGCUAAUCUGGACACUUUUAGAGACUGAAGGAGUUGAACAUGUUUUAGUAUGCCUAGCUGUGAAUAUAAUUUCAAUACUGUUAGAUAUUAUUAUCAUUGCAAUCUACUUCCCAAGUCAUACCAAGAACAGUACAGCAGAAUUCAGUGGUGUCAUGGCAAUCUUUAAUCUGAUUUUCAGAGUGUACAGUAGCUACGUCCUGUACACUGAAUGGUGUACAAGAACCGGUUCCGGAGGUGUCACUGUGGUUGAUUCAGGUAAACAAGCGUUCUCUGAAGGCGGUUCAGUACGAAGCGGUUCAGUACUAGCACACUACCCAGGUGGCCCAGUCUCUCCUCGUUUAGCUGUACACACUGUACACACUGUACACAACGAACCGGAUCUGCACUCGAUCCCUCCCAGUUUUACAGUUAUAAAUUAGUACAUUUAAGUACAGUGCAGUACACAAUUAUGAACUUAAAAACCGUGAUGUUCAUUGAUUUAAUCCAGGAUGCUUUUCGAUUCUAAAUUUAAAUAUUUGAAUGAACGUGUACACUGUACAUUGUUCCAGAAUGCUCUAUAGUAAGAAAUAGAAUAAUGUACAGUGUACACAGUACAUUGUAGACAUUGCACAGUAUGUACAUUUAAAUACAGUGAUGUUCAAUCUAAUCCAAAAUACUUUACACUUUACAGUACAUUUUUAUGUACAGUAUUGUAUAGUGUACACACUGAACUGUAUGUACAUGAACACCGCAAUGUUCAAUCAUCUAAUCCAGAUAUAUUGACAGUUUUUACAAAGCAUUUGUACUAAUUUUUAUUGAAAAGUAUGUCGUAUACAAUACUUGGCAGUAUAUGCUCGGCGAUAUGUGUAAAUGUCCCAUGUUAAUUAACCACCCCUGUAUGUGAAUAAAUAAAAUAAAUUAUAACGAAUAAAUUGAUAAACUCUAGAA